AUGAAUGCUCGAUCGUACCGAAUUUCAAGAUAUGAUAAUCAUGAUGGAUGUGCGAGAAUUUACAAUGAAUAUGUUACAACUGAUACAAAUAUUUUCGAUUAUGAAGAUGUAAAAGAUUGUUACAAGAGCUUUCCAUAUGAUAAUGAAAUUGCUUUUAAGACAAUCGAAACGCUAAAUACUUUAUUUCAUGGAUUCUAUUCAUUUCUGUAUAAAGCAAAUGAACUUCCACAACGUGGAUUAGAUUAUAGGCCGAUUAAUAUACUGGUUCAAUUAAAACUUUUGCUAAAGAAACGUUACGAUACUUUAUUCAAUUUUAUGGACAGUGUUAGAAAACUUAUUUUUAACUUGAAAGAUGCACACACAAGUUUUGUAACGAAUUGUUUUUCUUCAUUCGUUUUUUAUACGAAUUUAACAUUAUAUUCCAUUGUUACUGACGAUGGUGUACAGAAAAUCAAAAUUUUCAAUGACACUAUUGAUCCGUCUAAUAUUAACUGUGAGGUAACUCAUAUUGAUGGUCGCCGGGCGAUUCAAGUGAUUUCUGAGUUUCCUAAUUACAUCUCAAAAGAUCCCGGUGUGCGAUUUAAUGCAGCUAUUGAUAUUAAUUAUCCGGGCGUAACGUUUUUCACUCGAGUUGAUUUACCAGAAACACCAAGUAUUACUUAUACUUUAAAAUGUAAUAAACAUCUUAAAUAUGUUGAAAGAAAUUGGAAAGCAAUUGGUAUCCAACCAAUUUUAAGCAAUUUCAAUAAUUCAAAAACUUAUUUUGAAAACAUUUGUAAAAAUACUACACUUAAUUAUAAACUACUUAAUGAUAAAAUUACAGAGAUUACCGAAUCACACAAAAACAAUUAUGAUAUAAAAUCAAGUAAAGGUGUUAAUUUAAUUUAUGAGAUUGUGGAUUUUAUUAGCUUUUUCAAAAAACAAGAUUUCGGUGUUGUUAAAAUCAAGAGUGAAAGCAUUCCUCUGAAUAAUACUUUGGUAAUAGAAAUUAUUAGAGGAUUUCGAGCAUUGGCAGAUACAGGAGUUAAAAAAGUCGUCCUUGAUUUAUCCGAUAACCUUGGUGGCUUUGUUGUGACCAGCAAUUUUAUCAAUCUACUCUUAUUUCCCAAUACAAAAACUUUCUUUGAUAUGGAUAUCAGAAUCUCUAAACAAUUGAAACUUAUAUUACAAGAACUAGUAAAUAUGCGCGAAAUAGUUUCAGCGAAAGAUUUAAAAAAAUUUCAAUAUGCAGAUAAUCUCAUUGGUAAUAAUGUUGUUACACGUGGUAGUGUUACGGCACACUAUUCAAAUAGAUUUUUUUUAGGUGAUCCUUAUGACUAUAAAGAUAUAAUAUCUCAGCACUUAAUAACCCCCCUUCCUUGGAAAUCAGCUGAUCUUAUUAUUUUAACAAAUAGUUUAUGCGGUUCUUCUUGUGCUCUUAUUGCAGAAGGUGCUGCUGAAAUUAAUAAUGUUUCUACUGUAGCUGUUGGUGGAUUUGUUGACAAACCUUUAUCUUAUGCUUCUUGUCAAGGUGGAAUAGCUAUUGAUUCAAUUUUUAUAUUUAAUAUUAUAUCUAAAUUAAAUUUACAAAAUAAUACCUUAAUGCCUAAACCUUUUAUUAUUG